AGAAGUUUAUCCAGCUCUUCGAAGAAAAUGAAAGUGUCAGUUGCUUUACUUGUGACGGCGCUUUUGGCAAUGACUUUUACCGUAGUCGUGUCGCAAGAAGAUUACUAUACCAACGAUGAUAAUAGCGGGACAGGCUCGGAUGCUACAUAUGAUUACUAUGGCGAUGACGAUAACUAUAAACCUAAACGUUACAAUAAUCAUAAGGUUGACUCUGAUCAUUGGUGGGAAACAUUAGAAGUGGUUUAGUCGGUUGCU